CGUUAUCGGUUGAACCAGACUUUACCGUUCUGGCAACCUCGUUCUGCAGACUGACCAACUAUAUCAUCUAUCAGCGAUGGGGCGUUUCUCUGGUGUCUGUGGUGUCGCCAUCAUACUCGUUCAUCUUUGUAUCCUUCUGCCAACCCAAUCCGAUGCGCUCAGGCUGGAACCAGUGGCUGAUGUAGUGUGUUCUCGGAGGAAAGCCCUCACGGAGAGCGAGCUAGAAAACAUGAUUGCGACGUGGAUCAAGACAGGGAACGAGUGUGCAGUAGGCAAGCCCUGUCGCAACACAAAGAACAUUGCCGAUUACGAGCUUCUGCGUAGGAAGUGCGAAGGUCCUCCAUACCGUCCGAAGGAGGAACGUCGGGCGUUAGUGGCUAGUCUGGAGACAGCACUGCAAGCGAUGAAAGACAAGUUCAAGCCCCUGAAAGCCUCCCUGGAGUCACUGGAUCGUGAGUAUGAGAGCCAGUUCCAGCGGGUCUGGGCUGAUAUAGCGAAACUGCAGGCUACACUUGCCUACACCUCACUCGGAGCCGGACGCAUUCAACAGGCACUGUUCCAUCAGUCGAGCCAGGUUCGCAACAUCGGCCAUCUCGUUCAACGACAGAGUCCAUCGAAUGCCGAGGAGUUGCUGGCAUUCGCGUGGAAUUUCCCCUGGCCCGACCAGCAACCGGAUGUUUACGAUAAGGUCGAAGCGGUGGUAAAGUCAUCCCAGGAUCCCGUACUGGAAACUGUUCUGGCAAUCGACAUUAUCAACACCAAGAAGCCGAACCUCGAAGCCAGGGCGAAACAGGCGACCGAGUAUUUGAAGCAACUCCAGGCGAGCACAAUGGCCGGUGACCUAAGUACCAUUGCUUCACUGGCCACUCGCUUCCCGAAGCACUACGCAUACCUAAGGCAGAGCCUGUUCCAACCUGCCGAAGGAAGCAAAGUCAGUGCCGCUGCUCUUUGGCAUUUGUCCGAACUGCCCGACCAACUGCCGACGGCGGAGGAACGAUUGCAGACAAUCGAGGCCAUCGUACAGCCGUUGCUGGACGAUAAUGGUACCAUCGUGGCCGAUGCCGAGUACUUCUGGCCGCUAACCAAGCUGGCGGACGAGCUGAAUAGGGUUCCAGAAUCGGAUGAUCAAAAAGCGGUGUUUGAGCGCUUGAGAAACAAGUUCGCUACGCACGUCACUGCCCAGUCGCUGGACUACUACCAGCAAUUGCACUCCCAGAUCCAAUCGUUGAAGCCAAUCUCCGGCUCCGGCUCCGGCACCUUGUAGACCGGUCGGGAAGUGAACUGGCCGUCCUGCUUUGCUUAUCCUGUUCAAUAAAAAUGAACCUCAAUUGAUACCGUU